AUGGCUCUCUGGACAUCGUCCUACCCGGUCGACACGGGCGACCGGGACCCCAGCUUCGCCUGGCCUGACACCGACGUUCCCAGCGCCGGCCUCGACGAAUCCCAGCACGACCUCUUUGCUCAGUUCCUCGACUUUGAGGCCGGCCACGGCAGCACCUCGUCGGCCACCGUCGCCGUCGCCGAGCCGUUUUACAUGGACCCUUCCCACCACCACCACCACCCUCACCACCAUGCUCAUGGCGAGAGCAGCACAACCUCGUCCGGCGUCUCCAACGCAGACGAAUUUGACUUUCUGUCGUCGAGCUCCAACCCCGGUGCCGCCGGCUAUGAUGUUGACCCCAGCACCCUCGCCAUGUUCGCGCAGGACCCCGCAGCCAUGUAUUCAACCACCAGCGGCGUCACCGUCUCCGACACGGAGCUAGAGCGUCUGGAGGGCAUCUCACUGCACUCACCGAAAAAGGGCGACGGGACGUUUGCGGAUCGCGCCGCCUCGCCGACGCCCGUCGCCGCCCCGGCCAUCGCGGUCAACGCCACCACCAACGCCGCAAACACCACCACCAACGCUCGCAGGAGCAAGAAGAUCGUGGACGCCCUCUCGUCGACGUUUCGCAAGGCCACCACAAUGCGCAAGACGCGCAAGGUCAGCCAGACCCUGCAGCGCGCCGUCUCCCCAAGCAUGGAGAACCCGCCCAUGGCCAUUAAGCCCGGCAGCGCGCAAUCGGCGGCCCCCGUCCCCCGCGGCCGCCGCGCUCACCGCGCCCACACUCAGCAUGCCCUGCAGCACCAGCAGCAGCAGCACCAGCACCAGCAGCAGCAGGCGCACCAAAUUUCUGAGUCCCCCCCUAUACUGCAGAUUAAUACCGGUCUCGCCAACAGCGGCGGCUUCGUUGCGGGCCAGUUUGAGGACCCCUUUGGCGGGGAGAUUUCGCCGACGCACGCGCCGCAGCCGCAAUCGCAGCCGCCGCAGAUGCGGUACUACAGCCAAGGUGGUCUCGGCACGCCUCUGGACUCGCCGACGCGCAGCGCCGCCAUGCUCCAGCAACAGUGGCAGCAGCAGCAGCAGCAGCAGCACAACGGCGCGCAGCAACAUCAGUGGUCGGCGGCCAGUAGCCAGCAGGAACUCUGGUGGGGAGGCGCCGCCGGUGGAGGAGCAAUUGAAGCCAAGAAUAUAGACGCAAAUAUGGCCAUGCACUCGCAGCACGGCGAGCUGCCGUACGAUGUACACGCCGACGCCGGUCGCGUGGCCCCCAACGGGCUCUUGAUUCACAUGCCACAGCCGCGCCCCGGCAGCAGCAGCGUCCACGAUCUCUCACUCAACGCGCACACGUAUCUGCCGCCGCCGCCACCGGUGCCCACGGAGAAUACACGCUCUGCGAGGCCGCCCCGUGCCCCGUCUUCUGGCGCGCGACACCACCACCGCACCACGUCUUCGAGUCCGAUGCGCAAGCAGCGCGGUACAUCGGUCUCGCCCUCGCCCGGCGGCAACGGCAGCGGCGGUGGCACACGGCAGUCGCGGCACAGCUCCGGCGGGUCAGCCGCAUCAUCCUCGCAGCGUAGCGCCUCGGGUCGCGUUAGCGUGCCCGGCACUCCGAGUAGCAGCGGCAUCAAGAAGCGGCGGUCACGAGACGCUGGCAGCGGUAGCUUUUCCGCGGACGAAGCCGGUGGGUUUACACUUGUCGGCGGCGGCGGCGGUGGUGGUGGAGGUGGAGGCGGAGGAGGCAUUGGAUUCGUGAAUUUCACGCCCAAUGACGGCGGUGUGCUCAUGACGGGCGUGGCGCCUAGCGGAAGCUCCAAGACAAAGGCGCGGCGCGAAAAAGAGGCACAGGAGCGCAGGAGACGCCUGAGCGAGGCAGCGAUGAAGGCGGUGGCCGCGGCGGGAGGGGAUAUCCGGAAGCUCCGCGAGCAAGGGUUUGAGCUUUGA